AUGUCACACAAACUGAGCGUGGUGUUAAAGUGUGGCUAUAAAAUUGCAAUCAAUGUGGACACGGAUGCGGUCAAGACUAUCCAUGAUUUGAAGGCUUACCUCCAGGCGCGCGGCAUCUAUUGCGAUGAGAGCGACAAAAUUGUGUACAACCAACAGAAAUAUGCCCAUGGUCAAAAUGUGCAUAGUUUAUUCUUGAUGGAUGGACCUGGUAAUAAUGAGUACCAGGUUAGCAGUAUCGGCGCAAAGGACGAGAUUUUAAUAGUCAAUAAACCGGAGCCCAAAAGUGAUUAUAAGGAAAGUCUAUCGAAAGAGAUAAAUGACUUGAAGGUGGAGUUGUCGGCGUUGAAGGCAUCCUAUGAUAGGAUUGUUUGCGAGAACCAGGAGUUGAGAGAGAAUUUGAAUCAAUUGGACAUAAGUGGUUCAGAGGAAGGCAGUAGUGUUGGGAAGGGAUCACAGAAUCCGAUGAAUAGAAUGACAGAUAUUUUGACACAAAUCCUAAAUGAGAGCCAAAAGACCAACACUUUGAUGAGUGGUAUGAAUACAGAGAGGGAUAAGGCGUUGAAAACACUGGAAGGCAUCCGACAAUUGGUCGGUAAUACAGGCACUGAAUCGACGGCCAGUACCGCUACUAAUAUCGCAUAUAAUGAUGAGAUUAUUAUUGCGAGUAAAGCAGAUCCCGGAAGUGAUCAAAUCGAUGGCCUAUCGAAAGAGAUGAAUGAUUUGAGGAAAGAGUUGUCGGCGUUGAAGGCAUCCUAUGAUCGUAUCGUUUGCGAGAACCAGAAGUUGAGACAAAAGUUAAAUCAAUUGGACAUAAGUGGUUCAGAAGAAGGCAGUAGUGAUGGAAAGGGAUCACAGAAUUCGAUGACGAGAAUGACAGAUAUUUUGACACAAAUCCUAAAUGAGAGCCAAAAGACUAAUAGUUUAAUGAGUGGUGAGAAGGAAAAGACGUUGAAAACACUGGAAGGCAUCCGACAACUGGUCGGCAACACAGACACUGAACCGACGGCCAGUACCACACCGUAG